CUCUCCAGACUGACUCCACUUGCUGGAUCUGCACGUAGCCCUGCUUAAGUAGAGCUAACCCUACAGGGGUAAACUACCAGUGACCGCAGCAGGGGAAUGAGUCAGACCAGUGGACUGCUUUGUUCGUAUGCACGCUUGCAAGCAAUCUGCUAUCCUGCGUUUACCGGACCGUAAGCGUCUGCAGAACUUCCGUUUCUCCAUACGUCUUCGUGAGUCGGUAUGAGAAACCAGCAAACUUCUAUAAUCAGACAGAAUGUUUUCUACCCGGAGAUAGAGCCCCUGUGCGACGGAUCCAGACGGUCAGACAAGAGCCAGUCGCCAAAAGUCGCAAUGUGCAUCACCGCCGCCGGACGACGGCCGCGCGCAGGCGUCCAGGAGCAAGUCGAGAGUGGUGUCCUCCACCUGGCGAGCCAGCCAGACUGCCAUAGAGAUACAACAUUGCUUACCCAGCCAGUAACUGUGCCCGAGAAAAAGGAUCGGCCAAUUAAGAGACACGCAGGAGACCUCGCCAUAAAUGCAGACAAUAGUGUCUAUCCUGAGAAAAGGCUCCGAUCAUCCUCGUUCACAUUCAGGCCGACCCAGUCCUCUACCGACACAGAUCAUAAUGUCUUGGAGAAACGCGUCCGCUCCUCCUCCUUUACUGUUCUGACGAGCUUCCCCCCGAAUCAGCCUGUGCUGAAGAACAAUGUAUUCAUGCCGUCCACACUUCUGCAGGAGCAGGGAAGCAGCACCAGAGCAGGAAACAUUCACCCCUGGGCGGUGAUUAAACCCGCAACGCUGCCGCCUCCGCCAGUGACCGUCUGCAGAGAUGUGGAGACAGACGCUGCCGCCGUCGCCGCCACUACACCAGAAAACAAGCAGCAUGAAGAGAAAAGCAACCCUCCAGUAAGCAACGCCGAUGAGCCGAAGUCUUCUACUGGAUCUACAUGCUUCUUGGACAUUGCAACCAGGAUGCAGCUUUUUCAGCAGCGGUUUAUGCCACAGAAAUACAAUGUCGAUUUUGUUUUCGGAGAGAACAUGGAGAAAAGAGUCAUAAGCCCCAAGAGGCCGAUGGCGUCUCAGACCAGUGCGAUCAAGAGGGAAAUGCCUUCCACUAGAGUAUCUUGUAACAGGAAUUGGCCCUAUCAAAGACGCAUAUCGCAUAGAAGCCUCAUAGAGUCCGCCGCGGCGUACACCUCCAGGCCCAAGCUAAAGUACGAACUGGACCAAGUGGAUAUUGUCACAGGAGAAGAGUCUGACCGCAACGUGCUGCAAGUUAACUGCAAGCUGUUUGUGUUUAACAAGGAGAAGCAAGUGUGGACGGAACGAGGACAUGGCUACCUAAGACUCAAUGACACAGCCAGCAGCGGCACCGGGCAGCUCCGAUCACGAAUAGUGAUGAGAAACCACGGGAACCUGAAACUGAUCCUGAACAGUAAAAUCUUUGACGGAAUGAAACUCGAGAGGGCGAACAGAAAAAGCGUGCGCCUCACCGCCACGGAUCUGGCGGACAGCAGUGUCAGGAUAUUUCUAGUGCAGGCAAGUGUAAAGGAUGCCGCUCGUCUCUACGCAGCGAUACAUCACCGUCUGAUUGCGCUAAAGAGACAAAGGGACCUGGAGCAGGAGCCGAGCAGCCCGAAGUCAGAAGCCGAGGAAGACUCGCAUAUACAGCUACUGAACAGUGACAGUGAAGAUGAGGAUGAUGAUGAAAUGCUGCUGUAUCCCAGCAAGAUCUCCGACCAUCACCAGUGGAUCCGGCGACAACCCGUCCUGUACUCCUGACAAUCAGCCCGCCUUCCCACAAUUCAUCAGCCUUGCAUCUUCGUGCUCUAAGGAGGUAAUCGCUCCAGAAGAUACACAGCUCUGCAAAACCAUAAACCUGUGGUGGACGGAAACCACAGACUACGACUCUUAAUGUGAACAAUGGCCAGGUCCAAGGUCAUGCCUCCUCAUCCGUGUUGCAUACUUACAAUCCACCUCUCCGGGAGUCAAGGCUGCAAAAUGAUUAGAACAAUGCAAAUACCUCAAGCACUAGGACUCUGAAGGCACCUUUCCAUUUGUGAAAUCGAUCCUGCGAUGAGCAUUCCGGUUUCCGCCCAUGAUCCGACUUUCAGCCUGCAGGUGCCGCCCCCCGCGCCUCUGCUUUGGGAAUCUGUUGCAAGUACGGACUUGAAGUCAAGCGCGGAUCAUGCAUCUCAUUAACGGAUCCAGUUUACUUUUUCUACGCAGGGGUUUAAAUAUAAUGAAUAUCGCUGGGGGAUACCUUAUCGUUGUGGGGGGGAACCUUCUAAUGAAAAGACCUAAAAGUGGACACCCCCUUUAAUGGACAAAUGCUCAUUACAGUGGGAGUUUUCCUAAUCAUAUUUGACGUCAAUUACGGGACUGAAAUUUGUUGGACAAUUGCUAAUAGGGCAACUCCAGGGGCUUCACUUUAAAGGUUUUGAGGGCUCAUUGUAAACUAUAUAUAUAUAUAUGUAUAUCUAAUCUUAUGUAUAUUUUAAAUGGUCUUAUAAGUAAAUAUAUAUUUCUAUUUUAUUGAAGGCCGUAUAAUUUAUGAGAUUGAUAAUUUAACAGGGUUGUGCUUAUAACAGAUAUUCUGUUUACAUGUAACUGAGCUUUUAUACUUUGUAUUAUCUCCUGGAUGUAGAUUGAAGGGGUUCUCCAGAAUCCUCAGCAUAGGUCAUUAAUAUCUGAUCGGUUCGGGUCCAACACUCCGCACCUCCACCGAUCAGCUGUUCUCUGCUGGAAGUAGCACUGUAAAUAGAACAGCAAGCACAGCGCCAUUCAAAAUGUAGUGGCCAUGCUUGGGUACUGCAGCUCAUCUCCUAUUAAAGUGAAUGGGAGCUGAGCUGCAGUAACACAGGAUGGCCACUAAACUUUGAACGGCGCUGUGCUUCCUGUUCUAUUCACAGUGCUAGGUGGAGGUGUCGCCACCGAUCAGAUAUUAAUGACCUAUACUGAAAACAAGUCAUCGAUUAUCAGGAGCUUGGAUAACCCCUUUAAUCCUCCUAACCCCUUCUAUGUGUAUCAGUAAGGAUAACUACUCUCAUUGUAGUCUAGCUUCUAUGGUUUUGGCUUCCUACAUGUUACAUGUAAGGUCUUAUGCACACGACCGUAUUUUGGGUCUGCGUCCGAUCCGUAUUUUUUGUGGAUGGCACGCGGACCAAUUCAUUUCUAUGGGGCCGCGAAAAAAAUGCAGAAAGCAUACGGAUGCUAUGGAUGUGCUGUCCGCAUCUGUGAGGCCAUUUAGUAGAUUUUCCAGGCAAGAAUAGGCGUUUGUAUAAUGGGGACCGAAGAAAGUGCGGGAUGCACGUGGCGUGUGCAUGAGGCCUUAUCAUAACAGGGAAGAUCUGCAGUGGCGGGGGAGAGGUUUACUUUAUUCCAGCAACAAAGUGAAUGAUACAAUAAUAAUAUAAUGAUAUAUUUAUAAAUACAGUUAUAUCUA